AUGGGGAUGACUGGUGCUGGGAAGUCUAGUUUCAUUGAGCAUUGUACCAAACCGCCAGAACGCCUUUCGAGCGAUGGAUUAUUCUCCUGCACUAGUCGGGUGUCCAUACAUACCACCGUAAUUGGAGGCCAUACUGUGCAUCUCUUGGACACACCCGGGUUCAAUGACAGUCGGCAGUCUGACAGCAAAGUAUUACAGGAAUUAGCGUAUUGGUUAACAGCUGCCUAUGAAAGAGACAUCAGACUUAGCGGUAUCAUCUAUCUCCAUUGUAUCACGAACAACCGUCUUCCAGGCACCGCCGUACGAGCAUUAAAUGUUUUCAAGAAGAUGUGUGGCACAGAAGCAUUCAAGGGAGUGAUCCUUGCAACAACGAUGUGGGACAUGGUCUCUAUGGAAGACCUAGCAAAGGCCGAAAAGAGGCAUGAAGAUUUCUACGAGAAGAUUCGCUCUGAUAUUAUUGAACGUGGUGGUAAACUAGUCAGACUGUCAGCUGUCGAGAUAGACGCCGUAAAGAUUCUUCAUCAUAUCGUUCAAAAGAAUCGAAGGCUUACCCUGGAAUUCCAGCGGCAGUUAGUAGAUGAGAACCGACUGAUGUAUGAGACAGAAGCCGGGCAGUUGCUGUAUGACGAUCUGAAUCAACGUUAUCAGUCAUUACAGAUCAUGGCAGACGAGGCUCAUAGACGAAUGGACGAGAUUGUUAGUACUGGACGAAGAGAGGCAUUGCGCGAGCUUAGUCAAUCCACAUCCGAGAUGGCUGGAGAUAUCCGGUUGGUAGAAGAAGACAUGGAGUGCACAAAAGCAGCGUUUGGAGGUAUCCGGGAAAAGUGGGAGAAAAUCAUAAACCGAGAUGAUCAAAGUCUCCUCUUGGCUGCACAAAAUAUCGAGCAGCAAUUUGAGCGGGAAAAUAGCUACAAGGGAGACGGUGAAAAUGUUGCAACGACCAGCAUACAUAAAUCGAUACCCCCAUUGAGCGAGACAUCGAGAACCUCCAGCAGCGACACAUUUUCUAGCAUCACAUCCCAGGAGAAUGUGGCACUAAGGAUGCAAGAUCUUGAAAAAGAACGGCAAGCACUUUCUAUACGAAUCGGACAAAGACUAAGCAGAAGAUACACAACCCAAACACGAGGGGCAACAACAAUAGGCGUUAUAGGUACCACUUUGGCAGCUGGUCAGCUCAUUGCAGCAUUGGCCUGCGUUGUAAUGUAA